UCGGUAUUUAAGACUUCAUUGACCCUCUUAUAAGUGUUGUGGUAUUCCUAGGACGUAGCGUUAAGUGAAGGGUGGCCGGAUAAAAUACACAGAAGAGGAGGAUGGCGGAGACGAGUGAACCACAAGCAAGCGCGUCGACCGGGAGCGGCGAAGGCGCGGGUGCAGGUGGCGAGGAGGACAAGCGCGACGAGCGAAUGCUGGAGUGCAACAUAUGCCUGGACACGGCGCGUGAUGCCGUUGUCAGUAUGUGUGGACACCUCUUCUGCUGGCCAUGUCUACACCAGUGGCUAGAGACACGGCCGAGUCGGCAGGUGUGUCCCGUGUGUAAAGCAGCCAUUAGCCGUGACAAAGUCAUACCACUCUAUGGGAGAGGCAACACUAAGCAGGAAGAUCCUAGGAAUAAGGUCCCACCGCGACCAGCGGGCCAGCGCACGGAGCCCGAAAACAACAGCGGCUUCCCUGGUUUCGGCUUCGGCGAGGGGUUUCACAUGUCAUUCGGCAUCGGUGCUUUUCCGUUUGGCGUAUUUACGUCCUCCUUUAAUUUCGGAGACCCCAGGCCCAGUGCAGCGCCUCGCGGCACAGCACAACACGAGGAAGAGCAGUUCCUGUCGAAAAUAUUCCUGUGGGUGGCCAUUCUGUUCGUGCUGUGGCUAGUGUUCGCGUGACGGGCCCCCUUGCCCCCCGCCCGCAUAGCCUCAUUCUGCUCGCGCACUAACCGCUUGUGGGACGAAAGUUCCGCGCUUGUAUAUCACGUAACGCACCCUUCCAACCGUCGCUAAUUUAAGGUACCUUCUCUAGUCGAAUACCACCUCUGGCUUACCUUUGAAAAGCGCUGAGCAUCUAAGAGAAGUUACCAAAUAGGUGGCUUCAGAUUUGUGAUAUAAUUACCAACACGAGAGCAACGUGGCCGAUGUAGUUCUCGGCGAACAGAAGCAUUGUUGUGCUACAAUAUCAUAAAUAGUUGUGCACGUAAAUGCUAAUGCACAGCUACUGUAGCCACAUAAUUGUCGCUACGAGGCCGCAGGACUCCGGGUGCAGCGAGCGCGGCUAACACGAGCCCGCCUCGACCACGAUGUUAUACUGGACUUGUUUCGACAAUUGGACC